AUGUUUUCUAUAGGGGAUACACAUUGGUAUGUUUCACUUUCUUUCAAGUCUUUCUUUGGAAUGUUCAAUUUAGCCAAAGGGUGCCGUUGUUUACAAUAUUUCCUUACUAACCAAUUAAAGAACACAAUUUCAAUAGACAAUAAGCGUUCUAAGAAUGUAAUUCUCUUGGUAUACAUCGAUGCAGAAACAGAAAUCUCAAUAGAAGUGGAAGAUUCAUCUUCAAGUGCAUAUUCAAAAAAUAUUGCUUCCAUAGAAUUUUAUUCCAAAGAUAGCUUUAAGAGGUGUUUAAAUUUGUUGAAUAAAAUGGGAGUUGUAUGGCGAAGGCAAAGACUCACAGCAGCAAAUUUACUCUCUGUGGAACGUGAAUCAGAAGUAGAUCUCAGUCACAUUAAAGAGCCCAAAUUCUUGGGCAGAAAUCAACAACUGGAGGAUAACAUGGAUAAAGAUAUCAGUGGACAGGCUGCAUUUAUUAAAAGCUCUCCGAGAAAUCUACCUAAAUUGAAACAUGAUACAAUAAUUUUCAGUCAACUUAUAAACCUCCAAUUUAACAGAAAAGAAUUUCUAAGACUGAAGUGUGAUAAUUUCCAAAGAUUUCAAAACUUACAACUAAAACAGCAAGAAGAGAUAGACUUACAACUUGAAAGCCUAGAAAAAGACAACAAAUCAAAGAAUGAGCUUCGAGCAGAAGAAUGUGAAGAGGAAUUGAGAAAUGUUCUUGAAAAAGUAGAUAGGUCGACUGACGAAUUUAAAGUCGGAGAACCCGUAAGUGACGGGUCCCCAAAUAUGGAAAGUUGCGUUGAAGUUUCUUCAAGAUUUCCCCGAGAAGCAUUAAAGCGAAAGUAUAAAAAGCCUGGUGUACAGAUAGAGUUGCAUAGUCCGAACAAGGUUGGAAAAUAUAUACCACAAGUACUAGCCGGGGCGAAUAAGGAAUCAGAGUUCAAUUUCUCUCCACCCCGAUAUACUACUCAUGCUCGAUUACCUACAACUAUGGUUCCUCCUGCUGCCAACUUCAAUAAACCAAUUUUUCCAUUGAUCCCUCGAACCAUGACUGGUGAAAAUGAAUUUAAACUACUAUGCCCGCAAAUUCAAUUCAAAACCAACAAUCCAUUGAGAUCGGAAAGGUCCUAUGCAAAUAAUUUAAUAAAUUCGAGAUACGGUGGAAAAUCUAUAGACUUUGAAUCAAUAGAAAAGUUAAAUUCAAAUUGCUUUUGA